AUGAAAAAUGUGACUCGGACCAGCUUUGUGAAAGAGAAUGUCUACUACGACUUGAAGAGUGCCAGGAUUCUUGUCCGUAAUUGUCUCGCUGGAUUUGAGGACUGGGCGAAUCCAAUUUGUCUUUCCUGUCUUGAUUCCGAAAAUAAUCAUCUCUAUAAAGAACAAUGCAUGGAAGAAGCAAAAACGACUCAUUAUUCCUGCCUAGAAAUUUGCGGCGACGACAGAAACUGUUUUGAAGAAUGCUUCGAUCAGUUUCUACGCGAAACUGACGAUUGUCCUUGCAACAAAAAUUGUCCUGAUGGAUGUCAUUGUCCUGGCUUCAAAUGUCAGCCUUAUAUCACCGUUCUUUGUCAAGAUAAAAAGGAGUUUGCCGGCUACUCUGCUUUCAGCUAUGCUAUUUCUUCUGAUGGCCAUUUCAAAGAAAAUCGUCAUUAUAAUUCUCCAAUUUCCAGCACAUAUCCUUACUUGUUCAGGUCAGGAUCUGCUUUGCUAAAAGGAGAGGUUUAUAUUUUCGGCGGAAUGCAAAAUGCAACCAAAGUCGCGAAAAUAUCUGACUGUGGCUUUGAAGAAAUCGGACAGCUCUUGAAUGGAUUCGAUGUUUAUUGGGGCUCACUAGCUGCUCUCCCAGAAAAAGAGAAAAUCAUUCUAUGCGAAGGGUACUCUUCUUCAAAAUGCGAAAGCUUUGAUGGUCUUAUUUCAACUCAAACAUAUGAAACCAGCUAUCAGCAUAAAUACGGCUCGAUGGCAGUAUACGAGAACUCAGCGAUAAUUGUUGGCGGACAAAGUGAUAAGGUCGAAAUCAUGGAAGAAAAUGGAUGGUCAGAAGCAAGGGCUUUUCCUUUUCUUGUCUCAGAUGUUAGUUGUGUUUCUGUUGAUGACGGGGUAAUUGCAAUAGGAGGAUAUGCUCUCGAUCUUCCUGGAAAUAUCAAAGAUGUUUUUCUCUACAGAGCCGGAGAGUGGUCGACAGUUGGGAAACUUCUGUCGUUCUUUCGCUAUGCGACUGCGAUAUUUUUCGGCGAUCCUUUCAUCGUCUUUGAUGGCAAUUUCGACAAGAAAGUUGAACGAGUAGAAUGGGAUGGAAGUUCAGUCACAUCUUCAGAAAUUAUUAACGAACACGAAACAACUUGCUACAGGCCUAUCGUUUUUCAACCGAACCCGAUUUCUUCCUGCGAUGAAGCCUGCGAUGAUUUCUGUUACUCGUACUCAUAA